CCACUUCAUUCAUUGACGUCAACAAACAAAUGAGGAUCAAUAUGGAAGUUGUUUCUAAAGGAGAUAAAAUGUAGAAAAUUAAAGGAAUUAACGGUUAAUAACGAUGUAUUUCUUUCCAGUGUUAGUAGGAAUUCUCUUUUAUGUUCAAGGUCCGCAUUGUUACGUCGCUGGAACGAGAAAUGCAGGAGCAGCAGACCUAGAGGAUGUGAUACAGGAUGAGAGUCUGUUCCGGGAGAUCGAGCAGCGCAUCCUGGCUGAGCAGAGAUACAGGCAGAUGCAGAGACAGGCUAUGGAGAGUGGUUUGUACAGGCCUGCAGGGAAAUCUGGCAGUUCUUUCAAGUACCGUACCAAUAGUAACGGCAAUGACCUCGCAGUUGAGGACACAAACCUUGAAGAUCAGGGUGAUAACUUCAAAGUUGAGGACACAAACCUUGCAGAUGAGGGGACAAACUUUGCCGAAGAGUUUCCAACUGGCGCCAACAAAGAACAAGAUCCUGUGAAGGAUCAAGAUCCUGUAAAGGAGGACCCGACCCCAGCCACGCCAAAGAAGGAGGGGGAUAACCCCCCUGUCCCUUCAACCCAGAACUACUCCAACCCCCUCCCCCCACAGCACCACCGCCAGGACGCCACCGUCAUGAACAAGGAAAGCUUUGUCUUCUUUGUGCUGGUGACAGCGUGCAGUGUGGUCGGGCUGGUUGGCAUCAUCAUGGCCGGAGUCUGCUGGUACAAGUUGCGUCGGAAGGUGAAGGCGGCCAGUGAUGUUGACUACCCAGCAUACGGGGUUACCGGGCCAACCAAGGAACGUCUUCCAUCCCCCGGGGACAGGAAGCUGGCACAGAGCGCCCAAAUGUACCACUACCAGCAUCAGAAACAGCAGAUGAUAGCCAUGGAGAGGGCGAAUGGUGAGAUGAAGCAUGAUGCGUCCGAGGACGAGUCAGAGGAGGAGAAUGAGGAAGGGGACUACACUGUGUAUGAGUGUCCUGGACUAGCCCCUACAGGGGAGAUGGAAGUCCGGAACCCGCUGUUCACCGGUGAUGCCCAGACCCCUGUAAAUGGAGAGACACCCGCCAACCUUCCCCACCCACCACAACAACAGGAAGAAUAGAAUGACUCAGCAAUAUCUGUUUUUAAAAAAAAAUGAUGCACAGAAAUAUUAAGUAUGAUGCACACAUAAUUUUUAUUGAUGUUAAAAAAUCCUUGAUAUUCUUUUUUUUUAAUAAGAAUGUUAGAUUUUAUGUGUAGAUACUUGCAACUAUUUGCAGAGUUUUAACAUAGAAUUAUACUUAAAAAGAAAGACAUGCUAUAGAGAUAAAAAGUAUUUAUUUUUGUAAUAAAAUGCUGGGACCAAUGAAUUGUAAUGCAUAAAGACACUAUUUAUCAACAUUGAUAGUUUAAAUCUUUUGUCAGGUAGUGACAAUACAUCUUUCAGAUCCUCUUAAUUAAAUUUUGGCAUUUGGCAUUGUUACUUUGUGUUCAGAUACAAUGUUUUGUUCCAUGUUAUAUGAAUGAACAUUGUUUUACCUUGACAGCAAACAAACAAGUGUCAUGUGCAAUAUGUGUACUGUUACGAUGUAAGAGUAAUUGAAGAAGUUGCUUGAAAGAUUAUGCUGUAUGUUAACUGUUGGCAGUAUCUGCUAUCAAUCAUUUAUGUUAAUGUGUUUAUGGAAUGAAAUAAAAGAAAUAUAAUGAUACAUAAAUAGCUUAAACCUACAUAAUUAUAUUUAUGCACUGCAAUGAAGAUUUAUGAGGAAAUAUUAUCCCUGUUUCAAUCAGGAAGAAGGAUAAUCUUAUGGAUUAGCUGCAUUUCAUCCAAUUGCUUAUACAAAUAUUCAAGGUCCUCACAGUUGAUUUAUCCAGAUAUAUUGUAUUAAUCAAUGAACGCAGCUUAUUACCAAUUACUUUUGAACAAGUUAAAACAUAAAUAGAUUUUAAAUGGGCCUCAUUAAAGUGUGACACAAUAAUGACCUUGUAACUUGUGCACAAUGUAAACACUGAUUUUAUUAGAAAUAGAGGAAAAAAGAAAACCAUUACAGGGGAUAUUUCCGUUUAAAUCUGUCAGAUAAAUAAUGUUUAUCAAAUGAGGAACAAACCAUUGUAUACAUGUGUUACUUCAUCCACAGAAAAACUAAUUUAACAGUUUUUCAUUCACAAUAUAUGACUCCUAUUUGCAUUUGAAAUUAUAUAUAAAUUGCUCCUGUUUAACUCAUUAUUUUUUAUCCAAAUAUAAGAAAUCCCUCAGUGUAUGAAAUCCAUUGCCAAAAAUGCUGACAAUAUUAUCUCACCAUUGGUUUACAUGCCGUUCACACUUAUAUAGUCGGAUUAUAAUAUGGUAUAUGAAUAAUUGAUGUAUUAGCCUUGCGUUGUGCUUGUUUUCUGUUUGUUAUGGUUUUAUUGAAGUAAAAUAUUCUCCUCCAGAGUUGUGAAAAUUUGAUAUAUACAUGACCAAUAUAAUUUUUUGUGAAAGUUUUUAAAGAUAGUGAAAAAAAUAAUUUUUUAAUGCAUAAUGAAAAACUAUCAGUUCUCACGAACUACCUUCACAUGUUUUUUUUUUCUCCAAGGAUUAUAUUGCGAUUAAUGUAGCCUGAUACUUGUGGUUUUCCUUCAUUUAGCUACCUCAUUGUGUGAUAAAAUCUCAUGUUGCUUUGUUUAUCUCAUUUACAUAGGAUAUACAUUGGUGUAUUUGAGUUGACAGAAUGUCCAUGUAUGAAUUGUUGUCAAGAGUGAUAUGUAUGCUUGUUACUUUUAUACUACAAAAAUUACACAUGUGUUAUUUUGAAACUAAGAAUCAUAUUGAAUUAUUGAUGCUUAUUUAUUUUACUUCUUCAACUUAUUUCUAAAUGAAAAGUUUCACAUAAAAAAUAUUGAGUUAUUUUUUAUCUUUAUUUCCUACGCAAAAGUAAUUAAAUGUUAUUUCCUACGUGAAAGUUAUUAAAAGUUAUUUUUAGUAUGUCUGGGUCUCCUAUUAUUGAUGUGCUAGGAUACUAGUGUAAUUUAGUUUGCUUACAAAAAUAACAGUUUGGUUUGUGAAUGUCUUACACGUGUGUUGAUCUUGGAAUUGUUUAAUUGAUGAUCAUGAAAAUCACAACAAGAAAUAUGAACAUGUUAUCAUCUUUUAGCGGUCAUAUUUACUUGAUACAGAAAGUCAUAUGACUUUGGUUUAGGGAUCAGAUUGGCCUAAACUUAUAUGGAAUAUUUAUAGUUUGAUUGUAUUUUAUGUAUUUUUCAUGUUUGUACUGUAAAUACAUUUCAUACAAACUAUGAAAGAGUCCAAUUUAUAACUUCACUACAUCGUUAUUUGAGAUAAACUGUCAUGGUAUUGAACCAUGCCUUUUUUUACUUUGUUGAUCAUAUAAUUUAAAUAUGAUGCAAAUUUUACCACAGGGACAUGCACCCACAAAAACUCUUGAAUCUUGUCUAUUGGCGUUCUGAGGAAAUUGUCAAAACACAAUUCACACAUUAAAAUAUCUGAACUGAUUUGUAUGAAACUUGUAAAUUAAUUCAUCCAAAAUGUUAAUUGAUUGGACAAUAUUUAUACAAAUAUUAUGAUUGACCAAUCAAAUUACAAACUAAAUUUUUAGUAAAUGAAAAGUGUUGUUACAGUACACACAUGAAUGAGUAGUUGUUUCCAUUUCAUUGGAAUGAAAUGUGCAAUACGAGAUGUGACAGCGAUUAUGUUCUUCGUUAGAUUCAAUUAAAAACGAUAGAACCUUUUUCGCUUUCACGCCUCAAAUAGUUCUUCACCAUGAUUGAAUGUGUUAUCAGAGCUGUGUUCUGUUAUAUGUUGGAAGGUAGAAACUUCAUGCUCAAGAAUCCUAACAGUUGAGUAAUCACACACUAUCUUUACUCUGACUAUAUUCUUAAGUCCAUGUAUAUGUUAAGACAUUAAGUGUUUUUUAAGCCGAUUUUUUGUUGUUGAGAAUAUCCAGUUUGAAUCAAAAGAAAAGUGUUUCUAGUAAAUUAUGGUGACACAAAUUUUGUGCAUAAAUGUGUUAUAUUUUUGUAAUUACAUGGGGUGUAAAGUUAUAAAAACUGGUAUGCUUAAAAAGUUUCUUGUGAGCUUGAAAAAAUAACUCAUAUUUUUCAAAGUGAAUCUCCAGUAAAAACCAUACAAUAAGUUUUUGUCUUUGGGAUACUUCGGCAUGAAGAUUUUGCCUCCCGAGUGUUAUGAUGAGGUAGGCAGGCCUUCACAGCCUGUAGUGGUGAGGGUUUAAACAUGUCCGGUGAGUCUUCAACAAGUAUGGGGACUUAGGCCACAUCAUUCCAAAAAAUACAAAAACUGCAGAUGUACAAAUGGGACCAUUAUUUAAAGUUGUUAAGUUGUUUUACAUAGAUGUGAGGUCAAUAGAUUUGGCUUUGGAAUAUGUUUAUUCAUUUCUAAAUCUAUUGAUUUUGAUACCUGUUUUUAUUAUUGUUAUUGUCUUGUUUUCAACAGUCGUUCCAUUAUUAGAAAAAAUAUAUAAAAAAUAUCAAAACAUUACUUUUUACACGCGUUGAAAAGUGAUGAAAGUCAAUUAAAAAACAAACAAUUUUGAAAAAAAUAGAAAUUUUAUAAUUAUAAUAUUUUUUGGUACUAACUUGUCAUCCACUCAUUUAGUUCAAUAUAGUUUUGUUUCAUAUUGACGAAAAUGGCUGUACCAUUGCUUCAGAAUUAUGCAUUUAUAUUUACUUCAGUUUUUUUCUGAAUUGUGUUUAUUAUUAAUUUGCAUGAAAAUUUAUUUCUACAAAAUCUUUGCAUGUAAAUUAGAUAUCUUUUUUUCUCCACAAAAUGUAUCACCUGAUUUAUUUGUAUUAUUUUACAUGAUUUCAAAGUUCUCGAGCUAUCUCGCACAUAUCUAUUUUUAUUUUAAACGAUUCUGGAAAAAAUGAUCUUUCAUGUAUUUUCUUUACAGCUGUUAAUCAUUCUGUCUUUCGAUUGUUAAUUAGCUUUCAAAUUUUUAAGUCAAUUUGAAAUAAAACUGUUGUAGCCCGA